UAAGCGAGUGCUCGAGACAGGAAGGACUGCUGAGCACUGAAUGCUAACAAGGGGGAGAGGGAGUACAUGUCCACGGCGAGCGGAAAGGUGGGGGGUUCAACAGCGAGAUAUGGAGAAAUACAAUUAACCUGCAAUGUGCCAACGCCAAAUUCACGCCGAUCACAACCAUCCUCACCACCGAUCAUCAUCCUCAUCAUCACCGCCACCAACAGCGCGCCCGUCCUCGUCUUUUUUCUCCUAAGUGAAAUGUAUCGGGACUGCAUGGGAUCUUUUUUCUGACAAUGGAGAUUGAGAAUAUCGUUGCCAACACCGUGCUGCUGAAGGCGAGGGAAGGUGGAGGGGGGAAGCGGAAUGGGCGGAGCAAGAAAUGGAAGGAGAUGCUCAAGCUGCCUCAUAUAAGUCUGUGCGAGGAACUUAGACGCACUGUCGAGAGGGAUUACACUAGCAUUUGUGAGAAGCAACCAAUUGGUCGUCAGUUAUUUCGGCAGUUCUGUGACAGUCAGCCCAAAUUACGGCGGUGCAUAGAGUUCCUGGAUGCUGUGGCAUUGUAUCAGUUGGCUCCGGAUGAGAAGAGAAGAGACGUCGCUUUAAAUAUUUUAGACACAUAUUUUAAUAAUGGGUCGGCUGCUCAUCUGCCAGAGAUCGCUCAGGAUGUGGUUGGGGAAUGCAGACAGAAACUGGAACAGAGUCCCUGUAGAGAGCUGUUCCAGGAGUGCUUCAGGAUAGUCCGUGAAUAUUUAAGAGGAGAGCCAUUCUCAGCAUAUCAGGAGACAGUGUACUUUUCCCGUUUUCUUCAGUGGAAGUGGUUGGAGAGGCAACCAGUGACCAAAAACACUUUUAGACACUACAGGGUAUUGGGCAAGGGCGGAUUUGGUGAGGUUUGUGCCUGCCAGGUUCGUGCCACUGGUAAGAUGUACGCCUGUAAAAAGCUGGAGAAGAAACGGGUGAAGAAAAGAAAAGGUGAAGCAAUGGCAUUAAAUGAAAAACGCAUUUUAGAAAAAGUUAACAGUAGUUUUGUAGUUAGUUUGGCAUAUGCAUAUGAAACUAAGGACGCUCUGUGUUUGGUGUUGACUAUAAUGAAUGGUGGUGACCUGAAGUUUCACAUCUAUAACAUGGGAAACUCAGGUUUUGAUGAACAGCGUGCCAUCUUUUAUGCAGCUGAGAUCUGCUGUGGCUUAGAGGAUCUGCAUCGCGAGAGGAUCGUUUACAGAGACUUGAAACCUGAAAAUAUUCUCCUAGAUGACCGUGGGCACAUCCGUAUUUCUGAUCUGGGACUGGCCGUCCAAAUUCCAGAGGGUGAGACGAUACGAGGGCGCGUUGGCACGGUGGGAUACAUGGCACCGGAGGUCAUUCAGAAUGAGAGCUACACCUUCAGUCCAGACUGGUGGGGUUUGGGUUGCCUAAUAUACGAAAUGAUUCAGGGUCAGUCUCCUUUCCGUCGCCGGAAAGAGCGCGUGAAGAGAGAGGAGGUGGACCGCCGCGUAUGUGAGGACCGGGAGGAAUACACUGAGAAGUUCUCUGAAGAUGCUAAAGACAUCUGCCGACAGUUGUUGUGUAAAGAUCCAAAGGAGCGGCUGGGGUGCCAAGGUAUUGGAGCAGCUGAAGUCAAACAGCAUCCUAUUUUACGCAACAUCAACUUCAAGCGAUUGGAGGCCAGCAUACUGGACCCGCCGUUCUGUCCUGAUCCACGUGCGGUGUACUGCAAGGAUGUUCUGGACAUUGAGCAGUUUUCUACAGUCAAAGGUGUAAACCUGGACCCAACAGAUGAUGACUUCUAUCACAAGUUUGUAACAGGAAGUGUCUCCAUCCCAUGGCAAAAUGAGAUGAUUGAGAUGGAGUGCUUUAAAGAGAUUAAUGUGUUCGAGAUGGAUGGAGUACAGUGUUCUGAUCUGGAUGUGAACAAGCCAAACCCGGCACCCAAGCGAGGAUUCUUCUAUCGUUUAUUCCACCGAGAGGCAAGUGCUAGCGUGCCGCCUGCCGUGGUCAGAGGGGGUGGGGCUUGAGGUUUGUUUUAGGAGUGCCAACAGUGAGGAGGAGGAGAAGCCAUCUUGACUUAAAACCACUCCCACUUCCCAUCAGCUGCCAAUCAGAAUGCUAAACGUAUGAAUGUUCAACUGUAUUUAUGAACUGUAUUAAACUGUAUCAUAAUUAAAGAAAAGGGUAUGAGUUUAAAGAAUUUUGUACAUUUGUACUUGAAUUAUGUGUAGAUGUAUAUUUUCACUAAAGGUUGUAUUGUACAAAAAGCCAUAGAAAUACCACUUGAAUGCAUAUGUAAUGUUUUUAUUGUUAUUAUUUUUCAUCUGUACUGAAUAUGAAAUGUGUAUUUCUUUUUAAGCACAAUAUAAACACUCACCUUUAUUUUUUAAUGCUAACCUCCUGUUAGCACUGCCUUUGUUUGUAUGUUAGAUUGUUUGGCUGGACAGAUUUGGUGCACUUGUUUUGUACAGUGGGGUAAGAUAAGUCAACAUAAAGAAAGCAGUACGAAUGAUCUAUUCAUCAUUAUCGUUUUUUCAGUGGUCAGCCGAAAUGGGUUGAUGGCUGAUGCUCAAAUGCUGACAAAAACUGUACAGUCGAAGUAUCAAGUGGGGUCCAAAAGUCUGACAACAACAAGGAAAACACUUCUGUUUUAUAUCAUUCUAAUUCAGUGCAAUUAACUAGAAUUCAAAGUAUUUGGUUUAUCUAUGUCAAACCAAAUUUGCAUAUUUGAUUAAUAACCUUCACUAAAAUUGUUGUAAAGUUAAGUAAUUUAACUUGACUAGUAAAUUUCACAAUUAAUCAGAAAGAAAGAGUGAGUAACAUUGAAUUAAACAUGAUAUUUGUAAGUAGAAAAACUGAAAAAGUAUUUUCUUGUAAAAUGUGCUCCAGUAAUAUGGCUUUAUUUUCUUUUUGUUUAAACUUUUUUAUUAUUCUAAAGCAUUCUAUUUAUUUCUAGGUUGAAAUUACAUGUAGAAUCCCAAAUUUUCAGUGUGGCCUCAGACUUGACCUCCACUGUAUAAUGUAUGUUUUUAAAACUGAAACUAUCCAUUGACUAAGCUGUACUGACAGAAGGAAGCAUUGACACUUAUGUUAAUGGUAACUGGAGUGCCAGUAGCUAUUGCCAGUGUCCUCAAAAUGACCAAAUAUCAGAAAAUGUAUUCGCCUGAUCAGUAUCAUUGUGUUACUAGUCAUGACCAUUUCUUCAUAGCUUCCAUGCAGUUCAUGCAGCUGUGCAUGGAAUGAGUAAUCUGCAUCUUGGAUCUCUGUGCAUCAGGUGACUUAUACCUGUUUUGGUCAUGUGCAUAAAAACAAACAUUUGUUCUUCGAAACUAAGUUAAAUACCUCAACAUAUCUUUCAGAGAUGACAGGGAAACAAUCAGACGUAUUGCUCAAUCGGCGACUGAUAUGGAGUUUACAGGGGCUGAUACCAGUGCCGGUAUCUUGAGAGCCGGAUGGCUGAUGUAAUGUGGAUAUAUAUACAUAAAUAGCUGGUUAAGAGGAAUAGUUCACCCAAAAAUGAAAAUUUACUCACCAAAAUGAAGAUAAGUUUGUUUCUUAAUCAUACCAGAUUUGGAGAAAUUUAGCAUUACAUCACUUGCUCACCACAAAAAUCCACAAGUAAUCUCCAGUCCAACAAUUAACAUCUUACGAAGCAAAAAAAAAUAUAUAAAAAAUAAAAAAAUGCAUGUUUGUAAAAAAUUAAAUAAAAAAUCUGCUAUUCCUUUUUAAUGAUUUUCACAUGAAAUUGAAAAAUUGGCAAUAGUUAUGGACUGAUGCCAAUAAACUCAAAAUUAACCGUUUUAUUUGACUGUUUGCUAAUAUCCACCACAUUCUGUUUAGUUUUCUUGCCCUGCUCUUAUGGUUACCUUUAGUGCCAUCAGGAAUCUUUACAGGGAUUUCAACCAGGCCAGUGUAAACUACCUGAAUAAGCUUCAUCUUUCAAUUUGCUCACGUGACUGCUCUUAAAUGAGCAGUUGAUUUUGCCUUAGGUGUCAUAUGUUCAGUUAAUAUUCCAAAUGGAGUAUUGAUUGAUCUGUUAAUGAUAAAUAUUAUGUAAUUAAUUACAGUGCACCAUGUCCAAACUGUGCAAUCUGUUUAUAAUACACAUGCACAUUCAAUGUUACAUUGCUUUUGUGUGAAUUUUGAUACCAUUAUUUUAAACGGGAUAUAGAGGUGAUGCUUCAAUUCAGAUAUGGGAAUUAGUUUCAAAUUUAUCAUAGAAAUAACAGACCUGUAUUAUUCCACAUGGAAUGCCUUUAUAUAGGACAUUUUAUUUUGAUGCAGUUCUUUAAAACAGAAGUGUGCCAUUUUAUCUUAAAAUUCUCUCUACUAGCCCAACAAAAUAUGCAGAGACAAAACAAACCAAGUGUAUGCUGAUUCCAUCUCUGGCUCGAUCAAAACACUGCUUUGUUUGUAGGAGAAUCCCAACCAAUCCCAGCGAGUCUGGGGAGGGGUUAUGACGUAAUGCAGCACUGGCAGUGAAGCUCUAAUAGGAAGCAUUGUUUUACCUUUGUCUGCUCCAUCACUCAUAUGUGUUUUUCUCUUUAUGAGGAUCUUUAUGGUCUCUUUUGCAAAGCUGUGAACUUAAACUCCUCUUCUGUUAUUCCCAUAUGUGUGCAUGUGCUACUGUAUCCAUGGUUUUACAAGAGAAAGAGCACUCACUUUGGUUGACAAUAAAAUUCUGAGUUGACAUAUGGCCAUUAAAAUGUACUUUUCAUUCUCAAUAAAAACUCACAAGAAA